AUGGUGUCUGUUUCUCCUCCUCGUCGUCUCAACCAGAAGGUGCGAGUUGGGGAAAAGAAGGAAAGCAGGGGCCUGCAGGCAUGUGACUCUCGCAAUGAUUCUGCUACGUUCGUUUAUCUGUUCGAGGGAGAAUUGGUGGACUGGAAAGUGUGUCAUCCAGUGUAGCAUGCUACCUUGGGUAAGUUUAGAUGACCAGAUUGUAGGGAAACAA